AUGUCAACUAGAACUUCAGGGAGAGCUAAAUCGGCUCAGCCAAAUAAAGUAUAUAACCCUGAAAUAUAUGCGCUAUCUAAUUUAAUACAGCAGGCCUCAAAUCACUUGGAACAGAAUAAGUCUAAAAGCUACGCCUCAAAACUCAGGGACAGACAAGCUUCUAGAAAAAGUACUUCAAGAGAUUAUGACAGAGGAGGAAAAAGCCCCGAAAAUUACUUAGAAACUCCUAAAAAUUGAGUGCCACCUGAACCAUUGCAGAUGACUCCGAGUGUUGUAGAAAAUGGGCAUCCUGGUCAUCUUCCAUUGCAAUGUAAACAAGACAGUGGGAGUGAUAAAAGUAUGCCAAAAAUGAUUUUUAUGCCAAUAGGCUUAUAAUAAAAUCAUUACGUUAAAAUUUAUCUGAUAAAGUAUAUGAAAAUGCAGGAUAGAAUAAGCACCGUAAACCCAUCAGAUAUAAGCUAUGAAAAACUUAGUGUUGAUAAAGACAAUCUUUUAUCUAUUGUAAGAGAUACAGAACCGAAAGCAGAAUUCAGAACCCCGAGCUAUCAUUAUAUAUCGAUCUCUUCAAAAAACUCAAGCCCUGAAAGAGGAGGAUAUAUAGAAAAUUCCUGGGGAUAGCGCGGAAUACGCUAUCCCCAGGACCAACCGGGAUCGGAUCCCACAUGGAACGAGGGUUCAAUGUGUGGAUCCAUUUUUGACACGUGAAAGUAAAUAUCUCACAUGUCAAAAAUGGAUCCACACAUGGAACCCCCGUUCCAUGUGUGGAUCCGAUCCCGGUUGGUCCUGGGGAUAGCGUAUUCCGCGCUAUCCCCAGGAAUUUAGUAUAUUUCAUUUAAGCCAAAAGAUGUACAAUACUUAGUUAAUUUAGAAAACACAAUAUUAAAAAUGUCAGUUAGGGAUAGGUCCUAGCUCCUGAUACAAACAGUAUGGACCUAUAAACCGAGCUUAGUGAGAGAAGUCAAUCUUCUUCAGAGUCUCGGCUUGAAGAAAAGGGUUGGUGCUGAGGCUGGCAAUGACUAGAGAAGUCUUAACGGGCUUAUUAACUUUAACGGUUUGAUGGUUAGGCUGGUUCACCUACUGUUGUUCAGAACUGCUAAUUUAGCUGAACCUCAAGUUAAGGGGACUUUAUAGGCAUCAAAAUGCUAGAGUAAUUCAAUAAACUUAAAAUUUAGAAAAAAAGUUAACCGAGCAGAGGAUUAAAUACAAAAAACUUGAACAGAAAUAUAAAGAGCUAUUAGCGAAAAAUUCAAGAUCAGAAGAAUUUUAUGAAAAUGCAAUACAAAAGCUCUCAUAUGAGUUGAAUCAGCUUAAAGGAAAAACUGAAAAAGAGAGUAGAGAAUCACCUACUCAAAAAGUUGAGGAAAAUCCUAUUUUUAAAAUUUUAUCAGAAAUAGAGAGUAUUAAAAUAAGGCUUACAAAAAUUGAAAAUGGUCAAAGAGGAAAUAAAGGAAGUUUGUUGUAA